AUGGGUACCGAAACCGAGGCAGCCACCCAGGACACAUUUCAAGCAAUGAAGCGAUCCAUGUUGGUCGGAAUGAACCCAAAAACCGAAGAAGUGUGCCAAGUAUCGAUACUGAAAGAGCAUACGCCUCAGAUUGGCCAUAUUCUAAAUAGAAGUCUUGUCCAGAUACUCCAGAAUCGGGAAACUCGCUUCGUAAGCUGUACAGACAAGAUGCGCCCAAGUUGUCAUGGAAUCGACGAAAAAUACACCAGUGAGUGCGUGCCUGUCUUCAAGUCAGCUCCAGCCAUGGUACGCCUCUUCAACAGCCGUGGACCAUACACCAUGGAAAUUAUCAGAGUGACUACACUCCAGAAAUCAGUUUCUAAAAUAACCAAAUAUCUGCAGGUCCCGAUUUUCUGCGAGUGCCGCUUGCGUCGCCAGUAUCGCGAUUUCGAACGUCCGGAAAAAUAA